GCUUUCAAGAAUUUCCAGGACACGGACUGUGAGGAAUACCUGGCUAAAUAUGACUCCUUCUCCACCAAGGAGUACCUGAUCAAGGUGGGGGGGCUGAGCCGGGGGGCCGUGGACAUGAUCGGGGACCUGCUGAACGAGGACUCCGGGUUCUACCUGUCCUUCCUCGCCUCGCUCUGGGACUUCGACGUCUUCUCCAACGAAACACAGAUCACGGGCGGGUUCGACCCACUGCCCGAAAGGCCCUGUCCCCAGAAAGGCCUGCCCCGGCGCGUCAUCCGCUUCAACUGCACCCGUGGAGACCAAUCGAUGGAGCAAAGGGGAACAGAGGUCCGGGUGUUCACCCGGCGCACCGCGGACACUCUGGCCCCGCGGCCGGUGAGGGCCGACUACGUGCUGUCAACCUCCACGGCAAUGCCAACGCGGGCACAUCAGUUCCUGCCCGCCCCUGUCCGCGCCAAAAGCCACGCCCUGCGCUCCUCCCACUACCCCGCCGGCGGCUCCAAGAUCGUCCUGGCCUGCUCCGAGAGGUUCUGGGAGAAGGACGGGAUCCGUGGCGGGCCACUCCGUCACCUGGACCGGCCCCUCGCAGCUUCAAUCUAA